CCUGGAGAUCAGCUUUUCAUUGACCUAGGAUCACAAUCAAUUUCAAAGACCUAUCAAUUUCAAACACCUCAAAUCAUUAGCCGCCAAAGCUCUAAGGGAACAGGUGAGUGGGGCGACCUUCAAUAACACCCGUCUCCAGAGAAACGCCGACCUUCUCCGGCCAAAGCUGGUCAACCCAGAAAUCUAUUAUCUCCUUCGCCUAGGAGAGCGCACCCGCCAAAGUUUAUCAAAUGGGCAGACCUCCGAGAAACAAUACAGCAAAAGCAGGUGCUAGACUACCUUCAAAUCCAACUUCCAUAACACCUCAGUUUGAGGAUGUGCCAGUUCAGCCUCUCUCUGGGAGACCUUUCUGUGGUUUCAUCAUCUCAAAAAAAAGACCCAUACCUCAAAUGGUCUUUCCACCUGAAAUGAACUCUGAGCUUCCUAAUGGAAGUGUCCCGGCGGUGAUCACAUAUGGAAAAAAUACGUGGAAGACUACUCUGUGUGUAAACAAGAACAAAAAAAGUCUGGACUCUUCAACAUGGAAAGACUUUUUGCAAAAUAAUAAUGUCAGACAUGGAGAUGGGUUGAUUCUUGAGGUCAUGGAGAUCGACAAAGAUUUGGUGAAGCUUGAAGCUCAAAUACUCAGAGGUGACUUCCCUGCUGAACUUGACGUGCAGAUUUCUGGUGGUACGCCAGAAAAUGCGAUCACCAUCGAUUAGCACGUUUAGUUCUCUUGUAAUUCUAGGUUUUUUCGGGAGUCAAAUCUCUUCAAGUCUUUCUAAUCUUUUAAACAUUAUGUGUUAUCACCCGUUUGUUCAUACUAUGUCUUUGAACAUUCUUUGGUAGUAUCUAUGAAUGCUGAUGCAGCAACCAAGGCCAGAGCCCAUGUAUUAAUCCCUUCCUCCCUCUCUUCUUUAGGCGUCUAGGUUAAUCUGAAUUCAAUGAAAAGCUAUUCAAUGAUGGGUUCGGUUGAUA